AUGAAUUCCGCACCAGUCCAGCCGCUCGGCGACCGCUCCACCAACGCAAAGCUACACGCCGCAUCGGAGAAUUAUAAUGACGGAUUGAAGCAAGGCGCUGCGGUGCAAUCGAUGGAGUAUCACCGCAAUGCGCUGCAAGAGAAGCUCAAGGAUAGCGAUCAGUCCCAGACGUCGUAUGUGUCUCCGUCAGACGACAUUAUGAGUCCCUGCACGAAGAAAUUGAGCGACUUGAAGGGCAAGCGGUUUAAAAAUGCCGGAAAGCCCACGUCGCUGUUCGCCAAGCUGGGCAAGAAGAACUUUGAGCAGUCAUCGUCUGCUGUCGCCUCUUCUCCCGAGAAUGCCAACUAG